AAAAGUGACCGUACGUUUAGGCGGCUGCGCAUGCGCAGUAGGAUCCUGUGCCAUAUUGGAAUGAGGUUAUGACCGACCAGUCGGACGGAGGUGCAGCAUCUAAAAUCAACUUUAUAAAACUCUGAUCAGGUGGGCUGUGGAGCAGAAGAAGGAUUUCAGGGUUCCUGCUGGUUAUCCAUCAUGCAUUGCGGUCUUCUGGAGGCUGAGGGGGCUUCGGGGCAGGAAGACUCCGACUUCAACUGGGAGGAGUACCUCGAGGAGCAGGGAGCUUCUGCUGUGCCCCACUCUGCCUUCAAACACGUGGACCUGGGCUUGCAGACUGGACUCAGCCCUGGCAUGAAGCUGGAGGUGCCCCUGCGUGACUCACCUGACACCUACUGGGUGGCCACUAUCAUUACCACCUGUGGCCAGCUGCUGCUAUUGCGCUACGAGGGCUUCCAUGAUGACCGCAGAGCCGACUUCUGGUGUGACAUCAUGACUGCAGACCUGCAUCCCAUUGGCUGGAGCCGGCAGCAGGGCCAGCUUAUGAAGCCUCCAGAGGGCAUCCGAGAGAAACAUGAGCACUGGGAAACUCUUCUGGAAAAUGUGCUGUCAGAGGCCUGCAGCGUGCCAGCCAACCUGCUGGAUGGGCCUCACCGUGGGAAGAACCCACUGGAUCUGCUGGCACCGGGGGCCAGUGUGGAGCUGCAGGACCCAGCUGAUACCGCUGCUGCCUGGGGAGCUACCAUUGAGGACAAUGUGGGGGGGAGGCUGUGCCUCCGUUACGCCGGUACCGAGGAGAUGGCCCCCACACAUGGCAAGAUCUGGCUCUUUUAUCUGCACCCGCUGCUGCACCCACCUGGCUGGGCCAAAGAACAUGGCUGCGUCCUCAUUCCCCCUGCUGUUAUCCGAGACGUUCAGAGAGAUGCAAAGUGGGAUGAAGUUCAGCAGCAAAUCAGCAACCAGAAGCAUGAUGGAACGGUGGCUGAGGGGCUGAAGCUCAAGGAUAAGAUACCCACCUCGGCCCAUUGCUUCACUGAGGGGAUGAAGCUAGAAGCUAUAGAUCCAAUUGCUCCUUUCCACAUCCGCCCCGCCACGGUCACCAAGGUGUUUACCAGCAUGUAUUUCCUGGUGGAGAUGGAUGAACUGAGGGGGAAUUCUAGUGGGAGAGGUGGAGGGCCAGCCUUCCUGUGCCACCGGGACAGUGUGGGGAUUCUGCCCGUGCAGUGGAGUUUCAAGAACGGCAUCCAGCUAACUCCCCCACCAGGGUACCAAGGCCAGGACUUUGACUGGGCUGACUACCUGAAACAAUGUGGGACAGAGGCCGCGCCCCAGCACUGCUUCCCAGUGGAGUCAUCGGUUCAUAGCUUCAGGGAAUCAAUGAAACUGGAGGCUGUGAACCCUCUAUCCCCUGAGCACAUCCAUGUGGCAACCGUCACCAAGGUCAGAGGUCAAUACAUCUGGCUGAACCUGGAAGGGCUAAAGGAAUCACUUCCAGAGGUGAUCGUCCAUGUCGACUCCAUGGACAUCUUCCCGGUCAGCUGGUGUGAGACCAACGGGUACCCUCUCCAGCACACCCGCAAACCCAAAGCAGUUCUGAAGCAGAGGAGAGUGGCUGUAGUUCAACCGGAGAAGCACAGGGAUCCACCCAAAGCCUCGCUUUCAAAUGCACCUAGGCAUCAGGCCAGCAGCCAGUCGGAGUAUGCGGGACAGAACAACGGGAAGUACAGCUGCCCCAAGAUCUACUUUAACCAUCGGUGCUUUUCUGGGCCUUACCUGAAUAAGGGCCGCAUCGCCGAGCUGCCGCAGUGCGUGGGACCCGGCAGCUGUGUCCUGGUGCUGAAAGAGGUGCUGACACUUUUGAUCAACACAGCCUACAAGCCCAGCCGGGUGCUGAGGGAGCUGCAGCUGAAUGAGGACAUGCGAUGGCAGGGGCACCGAGAGACGCUCAAGGCCAAGUACAGAGGCAAGAGCUACCGGGCCACAGUGGAACUGGUGAGGAUGGCAGACCAAGUGGCCGAGUUCUGCCGGAGGACCUGCAUGAAGCUGGAGUGUUGUCCCAAUUUGUUUGGACCGCUCAUGGUUCUGGAGCGCUGCUCGGAAAACUGCGCCGUUCUCACCAAGACCAAAUACACACAUUACUAUGGUAAGAAAAGCAAGCAGGUGGGGCGGCCACCAGGGGGGCAAACCAAUCUGAAGGGUGGAGUGAAGAGAGCAGGGAGACGGAGGAAGAAGAGGAAGCACUGCUUCGUUCACAAGAAGAAACGGUCGUCGGCUUCUCUUGACACUUCCCCGGGUGGCUCUCCGCAGGCUAGUGGUGAAGAUGAGGAUGACCUGGAUGAGGAAGAUUCCCUGAGUGAAGACUCCAGUUCAGAGCUGCUGGAUGACUCUGAGCAGUCAGAGUGGAAAUCCCAGCCCGUGUCGCCAACUCCAGUGGAGACGCCCCCCCACCAACGCCGUCGUCGCAAGACCCACUCACCGGCUUGUCUCGACGAUGAGAACCAGCCCUCUGUUGCAAAGCUGUGUUUGGACAGCAGCCCCUUGGAAUGGAGUGUGGCAGAUGUAGUGCGUUUCAUCCGCACUACUGACUGUGCUCCACUGGCACGCAUCUUCUUUGAUCAGGAGAUUGACGGGCAGGCCCUGCUGUUGCUGACGCUCUCUACUGUGCAGGAGUGCAUGGACCUGAAGCUGGGGCCGGCAGUCAGGUUAUGCCACCACAUCGAAAGGGUCAAGCUAGCCUUCUACCAGCAGUAUGCUGACUGAGGUGCCCUCAGAACCACACAGUUGGCUAUGUGGCUGCCCUGCCAUGCCCCACAUCCACUCCUACUGGAGUCAUUGAAUAAGAGUGAUGGAUUUCUAAAAUAUUUUUGCCAUUUUGCAUCACCACAGACGCUUGUUGAGGUGUGGCAGGGAUGAUUUGGCGGCCAUUAGCUGACAGAUGCAAUAAUGCAAGCACAAGAAGACUGGGGAACAGGAUCUCGCUUCCUGGUUCAUUAUUUAUACUAUGUGGAGUAUACAUUGGUGUAUCUAUGAGUGUGUGUGUGUGUGUGUGUGUGUGUGUGUGUGUGUGUGUGUGUGUGUGUGUGUGUGUGUGUGUGUGUGUGUUGAAGAGUUAACGGACUUCCUCACAUAGGAAAAAGCAGAACACCUAAAAUUGUUGGUUUUGAUUUUUGGCAUUAGAUAUAGUGACUGAAAAAGUACUUCCGACACAAUGGUUGCAGGUUCACAUAAUCUGACGGACUCUAUUGCUUUAAUCAUAAAUUACAAUGCUUGCCCAGAUUGCUUCAGUAAACAUCUCGACAAAAGUGUUGCUUUUUAAUAAAAAUGUUUGCUAAGCAAAUCAAAAAUUAUCUUCACUCCGUCAGUCAUGUUUUUGCCUGUUACUUUGGCAUUAUUAGAAAUUUGGGCUUGUAGUACUAUUUGAGGUUUAAAUAUUUGCUUUCUGAGUGAAAUUUACACGGCUUCUUGCCAAUAAGAUUUCUGGUUAAUAUCUUGUCAGAGGGCCAGUUUUAGAAUAGCCCUGAAUGUGGCAGUGUUCUACAUUACACACUUCUGAUUUUUUAAUGAUGCAUGACCGACACCAGGAACAUAUUUGCCUUUGCAUUAAACCUGAAUCUUAUAAAUCAGUGGUUCCCAGACCUUCAAAACAUUUGCUCUUUUCUGGGAGAUAGUCUGAUUUAACCAGGUAAUAUCCAAGCCUUAUACUAAUCUUCAAAAAUGUGUGGAAUGACAGGGGGAAAGGUCUGGGACCUGUAUCAGGCCACUAGCCUGUCACGACUUCAGAAUAGGCUGGCUUAUAUUUUCGCUGAAGCUCUUUUUUUAAACUUCCGGAGCUGUAUUGCUUUGUUUGUGUAGUAAGGUGACCUGCCUGGUAUUUCAGCUGGAAGUUCUUAAGAUAAUCCGAUCUUUCUGAUUCUGCAGCCAUUGAGGAAAGGCACUGGGUGCAGCCCGGGCCUGGCUCUGGAAUGUGUAAUUGUGUCUUUUUCCAAAGAUGAGCUGUGUAUAUUAACAGGUGCUCUGGAAAUUGAAAAGGCAGAAAAUGGAAAAUGUAGAUUUGAAAAGCCUCUCUUCGCAUCACACUCUUCAAGCCUGUCAUAUGACAUCAGUACUGAAAAAUCCUCAACAGCCAUAUGAAUUGUUGAAUUUAGUGCCAUGUAAAUUUAUUUGUAUGUACAUUUGUGGAAAAUGGGUAUUUAAAAGCUAACACUUGCAAGUAUUUUCAAAUAAACAUUAAUAUGUGGUUCUUUUUUAA